AUGAAUUCCACAAAGAAGCAACUGGCCGAAAUGUUAACCGAGUUACAGUCCAGAAGCAGAGCUCAAGUUAUCCUGGAAUCGGUUUUUUUGACUUUGAUUUUGUCGUUUUUGUUAGCCGGAAACUCCAUGACUCUCCUAGUAAUGCUGCUAAACCGUCGGCGACGAACAAUUACUAAUAUGUUAGUGGCAUCACUCGCUGUUACCGACUUAUGUUUGGGAGUUUUCGCGUCAACCCCAUUAGGACCUGUUGUCCUGGUGACCUCCAAGUGGCCUUUUAAUGAUUGGAUCUGCCAAUUUGAGGGAUACAUUUGUAUCACGUUGGCAGCUGCCUCGAUUCACACAUUGGUCUUGAUGGCGGUUAACAGAUUUUUCAUAAUUGUCAAACCAUCGAAAUAUCGCCGUUACUUCACCAAGAAGAAAACCAUCAUCAUGAUUCUUAUGUCGUGGCUGUAUUCAAUGUGUGCUCCUCUACCAUAUUUCCUCAGCGGUAAAAAGAUGGUUUUUCAUCCAUCCAAGUUCUUCUGUUAUCUUAGAAUCGAUAGUGGUGCAUUCGGUGCAGCCUUUCUGGUUGCAGUUUAUGUAGGGAUUCCAUCUUGUAUUAUCUUUUAUUGUUACCUUAGAAUCUUCAAGACAAUUCGUAGUCACAAUAACAACUUACAUCUCCCUGACAACGGAAUUGACAGCGUGAACGUGGAAGAAAUUAAAGUGGCACGCACACUAUUUGUGAUAGUGGUGUGUUUUAACCUUUGCUGGGCUCCAGUUUUGUUAAUUGACAUCGUGGACACGAUUCUUGGGAGAUAUACUUUCCCUCGCGAGGCGUACGUAGCAUACACUUUUUUGGCCAAUAUCAGCAGUGCGUUGAAUCCCUUGAUAUACGGUGUGCUUAACAAGAACUUCCGUAACGAUUAUAUUAAGGUGUUAAGCUGCAGAUGCUGCUAUGCCCAAGCUGCUGUAGAACCAAAGGGGCUGUUAGGAAGUGCAAAUGUCUUGGAGAUAAAGCCAUUGCGCGUGCCUAAUCCUGGGAUGGAGAUGAAUUAAUAAUUUCUGUUGCAAGUAGAUGAAAUAUGAUAGUCCGGGUGAGUGGAGUCCUGAAUAGGACUGUUGUUGACAUUGACUAACCUUUCGACAACCUGUGCAGUAGUCAUCGUCAGAGUCAAAUGAAUUGUAUCACGCCUGUUGAUGGUAUUAAAUUCUGGUUAUUGACCUGGUUGGUCAACUAAGUCGAGGUCAUUGGUUGUCUGUCAGUUCAGCCGUGAUGUUAUUAGCUAUGAAGACUCUAAAUGGGAUUGGUGCGUUUUUUUUUCAGUCCCGGCGUUUGUUCUAAGUUGCUAUUCUACAACGACUGACAUUAGAAAGGCUAAUUUACUAACUCAAAACAAACGCUGCCGAAUUAAAGUCCAAGGACUACAAAGUGAAUGA